AUGGCCCUUUGCCUCAAGACCGUCAUCGCCCCCGAGCUGAUCGCCGUGGAGGGUGCCCAGGAAUGGAUCCAGGCCCGUCGCGUUGUCACAAACUGCGCGAGUUCCACCGGCGGAGGCCUCACGUCCGUCCAAGCCUACUAUGUGGGCAUGCUGGGUCUACGCUAUCGAACCCCAGAUGGAGCGAAAGUCCUCUGGCCGAACCAGUUGGAAUGGCUUCUCCAUGAAGRUCUACUCGAUUGGGAACAGCAGCAUGAAGCUUGGGGAUUGAACUUGGAAGAUAUCCAAGAUCGCAGCAACGCCGAUGGCACCGUGAAGCUCUUUGCUCUGGUACAGGUGGCCUGGUUCGUUGCGCAAUCCAUCAUGAGAGCGGUGCACCACCUACCGCUUGCUCCACUAGAGUCCAUGACAUUGAGCUACAUUCCUCUCUUUGCCCUGACCUACUUUUUCUGGUGGCUCAAACCCAAAGAUAUUGUCAAAGCCACCGUCGUCAAUCUUCCAUCAAUGAGCCCACCUCAACUUGAAGAAUUCCAAGCAAUGAGCAUCAGCGACGACUUUGACGAAGCGCAACAGCAAUCAUUCUGGUCAAUCUGGUCUCUCACGCCCCGGAUAUUCGAAUUCGAAGACCGCAACAACAAUGAGCAGCACAACAUGUCGAAGAAUGACAUCAUCAGCGAAGACGAAGAGUGCGACGGAAAAGACGUAGAAAUAGAAACAGGAAAAGCCAAAGGAAAAGAAAAAGUCCUCGCCCACUGGGACCCCACAAUCUACCACUCCCCAAUCCUCUGGCCACUAACCUGCCUCUUCGGAAUCUCCUUCCCAGCCCUGCACCUCCUCUCCUGGAACACGACUUUCCCGACCCUCAUAGAAUCCCACCUCUGGCGCAUAGCCGCCAUCGCCAGCAUCCUCUCCAUGCUAAUCUUUAUGCAAUUCGAAAAAAUCUCCAUUUCCAAUUGGCGUCGAAAUCCUGGUUUGGCGGUGCUGCAGAUUUUGGCGCCGGGAGUGUAUAUGCUUUGUAGAGUGGUCAUGCUUGUGGGUGCUGUGGUGGCGUUGAGGGCGGCGGAUCGGGGGAUUUAUGAGACUUGUGGGGUGGAGAUGUAUUGGUUGCAUCUGGUUUGA